UCAAAUCACUACAAGAGCCAGGCCAGCACUUGCACCUUGCUUGCCACCUGAUCGGUGUGUUGCACCCAAAUGAUUUCGGGCGGGCUGGAGGCCGAUGGUUGUUGUGAGAUCAAAGCCUCAUGCGUAGCUGGCCAGGGGUUGUUUGCGACCAAGGAUUUGGUGACAGGGCAAGUGUUAUUCAAGGAAACUGCAUUCUUGGUCCCUGGUCGACGUGAUGCUGCCGCGGAAAUAGCCGCAUCCUCGAAGCUGCCUCCCCUGUCUCCCAUCACCGUUCAGCACAAGCACUGCCCCCCAUGCGUCAGACUCGCUCCAACAGAUACGGGAGGCAUCUUGAGAGGCUGCUACGAGGAAACCUGCCGCUUUGCGCUUGCCUACCUUUCGUCCACUGCGAGCAUCCGAUCUCGAGUGCAGGAGCUUUCUCCGAAUAUGACACCUGCUGACACCACGACCACCGCUCCCCCCACCACCACCGACAACGACGGCCAUGACGACGAUGUCGACGACGAUGUCGACGACAACAGCAAUGCUAUUGUCACGCUUGUUCGACGUGAAGUUGCUUGGCUGAGGAAGUGUGAUCGCGACCUGCGCAGGUUGCCCUCGCGUGAGCUUGAAGGAGCGGUCCACAGGCAAGACAGAUUCACGUAUUGGGCGAACUGCAUGGGUCAAGAAGGUUCGCUGUAUGAGCGUGGCUCCCGUUUCAACCACAGCUGUACUGCCAACUGCACUCGCGUUACGCUCGAUGAUGGCGGCGUGGAACGAGCGUUCAUGACCCUGCGGCCUGUCGCCGCAGGAGAGGAGCUGACCCUUAGCUACCUGCCCUCCGGAAUCGAGGUCAUGGGAACCGUUGUUCGCCGGCGACAUUUGUGGUUGUCACGGGGGUUUCUGUGCAGCUGUGACCGGUGCUCGCGACCGCAAGAUGAAGUUCGGCAAGUGGUGUGCCCCGAGUGCUGCAAAAAUUACAACUCACCACUUGAGCGGCGCUCGAGUAGCGGAGGGAGGGUUGUGGGCAGCUCAAGGUCGGCGGAGAGGCACUCCGCUCCUGCUUGUCGCGAUGGCGGUCCUUACAACGGGGAUGGAAGGCGACGACGACCAGAAGCAGAAGCGGUGUUCGCUGAAUGGUGGAAACAGAGCGAGAUGUGGGUAUGCCAGUAUUGCGGGUGGUGCAGCAAUAUCGACAGUACUUGCAGUGACAGUGCACCAUCGCGAAGCCUGCACUGCAAAGAGAGCAUUGUGAGCGCAGAGGUAUUUGCGCUAGUCAUGGCCCAUACCGUUGAUCCCCGUUCACCAAGUGCCAGUUGCACCAAUAUGGCACUGGACGGCCGCAGCGGGAGCCGGGGGUGGCCGCACCACCCUGAUGAGCAGCUACAGGCGAGGCGCGACGCGAUCAAGGGUAUCCUAGAGACAUCCGUCGCCGUUCUGGGGAGACGCCAUUGGACGACGUUCAGUUGUGCCUAUCUGCGGCUGAAGUUAGAGCUCUCCGCUAGGUCGACCGAUGAUGGCCAAAGACGUCCUCGGUCGGGUUCGCCCCAUUCCUCAUCGCUUAGAAUACAGCCGGAGUUCUUGGACUGGGCCAUGCGAGAACUGAACGCGCUGGAGCAGUGGCUAGGCGCCGCGCUGGGGUCUGUGACGUCGCACCCGCCGGCAUACUAUAUCUUCGACCUCGUUUGCGACUUGCUGGAUGCGACGAGAGGCUGCUCCGCACGCAACACCGUUGGGGGACUGCAAUUGUUGCUGGGCAGAGUCGAGGCGUGGGUUUUGGUUUUCGCAGACGAAGACCAGCGUCGAAGGUUUGCGAUCGUGUUGGCCGCAGUUGAUUUGCAGUGUUGACACCGUCGUUUCUCCUUAGCCUCCGCUGUCUUAAGCUUUGUCUCUCAGCGUUGUAUCGCGUGUACUUCGGAGGAUUACCUAAGAUGCUCACAUCGCUGUCUUGUCAGCGAUACGGUAGAAUUGCUUUGCUCGACGGGGUGACCAAUGGAUCGGCGAGGGAGCGGGCAUCUUGUUCGAGUGCAAGCAGGGUACUUGAUACGUGUGCGACAGCUGUUUCAAGGGAAUGUUACUCAUAGAAAAAUUGCGGCUUCUCUGUUUGAUGCCGGGACCGUGCUAAGCAUGAGUGACCG